CUAACCACCAACGAAGAACGACGGUCAGCCAGUGAAUAGUGGAGAAAAUCAAGCCAAUUCAAUCAUCCAUCGUCUUGAAGUUUGUAAUUGUGGUGUGAAAAUUUAUUUUUUUCCUUCGUUUUCCAGCCAAAUCGGUACACAUUCUCAUUAUGUCUGACGACGAGGCCCAGAUUCAAAGCGAGGAAGAGGUCACCGAAACCCCAAAGAAGGGGCGUGGACGCCCGAAGAAGCCCGAAACUCCGGCAUCCGGCGAGCGCGAACUAAGCGGUAGCUUCCGAGCUAACGGUGUAAUCGAGAAACUGGAAUCGAUGCUAACGGCCUUCAAGGGCACCCUGUGGGGUCACCACUCGUCCCCACAGUUGGGACACAUUCUAGUGCAUCAUGAAGCUCCGGCGCCGCCAGUAACCUCCGGCAAGAGCGACAUCAUCUUCAAACGACCCCCUUCAUGCGCUGCGGCAGAGGAGGACAGUUUCCCCCUCCAUCAUACGGGUGGCCGGGACGAACAGGAAGAGGUACUUCACUUCCCCGAGCGAAUAUCACUACCAAUUGUGGUACCACCAACGCUAACACCAACACCAACCGCAGCACAGGAACAGGAACCACCGUCGGAGUGUGAAUUCAAGGUACCACCGUUACCACCAUUGUCAACCGGAUCGCCGUCGUCGGAUUUGUUUGCGGAUACUGUCACCUUUCAUGGUAGGCCAGAGCAGGGCUGCUUCCUAGACCACAACAGUGAAUUCCAGCCGUCGCAGAACUAUCAAUUUGCGGCUUCGGACUUUGACUUCCUACUGUCCAAGGGCGGAGGAAACGAGCAGGAGGUAGAAACGCCCCGCGAUUCGCUGCUAUUGAGAUUUGAUCCCCUGCUGAAGGUGGCACCGUUGGUCAACAGUGGUCGUCUCAGUGUGACCCGGGAGGAGGAGCAGGAAGAAGAACAACAACACUUCGACGAACAGGAACUGGUGUCUGUUGAAGGUGGCAUAGAAAUCAGCAAUAACCCACCACCGGUUAUAAUAGAAACAGCACCGGCGGCAGAAGACGGCGUAGGCGAGAGCCCCGACGACGACCACCAUCAUCAGGAGCAGCUACAACCGCAGCAGCAGCAGCAGCACCAGUUUUGUGUGGGCGAAGGUGGUGGUGUACUGCUGACGGGACUGGAGACAAGCGGAUUUAUUGCUGCUGCUGUCGUUGUCUCCCCCACUUCCACUACGUUCUGCGCCAGCACCACCAUGGAUAUCGACGAAGAGGCAAAAAAUCUGCAACCACACUGCGCAGAUGACGAAGAGGCAGACGAAAAAAUGAGCGUUGACAAUACGAUGAUACUGGACGGCGAAAGCUCGACGGCAGAACGAAACACGAGCUACAUGGAGCCGGAUCAGGAUUUCAAUGGCACCGGCGUCAGCAGCGCCAGCAGCAACAGCAACAGCGAGCUACUAGCAGAUAAGAGGAGCAAAAAUGAAUCGCUGAAAAUCGAAGAACUGCAGAAAAAACUCAGCGAGGCGGAACUCCGCGAGGAAGCCCUGCUGAAGCGGAUUACCGACAAGGACAAAGCCAUCUCGAAGAUGAGCGGAGUGGUGGAAGCGUACGAACGCACCAUCGCCGAUCUCAUAACCCAGAAGGAACAGACGACGCAAAGCUACGAGAAAACAUGCGAAGCCCUCAAGACGGACAGUGACAUAAAUGCGCAACAUUUAGAAUCGCUGGAGAAAACCUUCUCCGAUCUGCACGCCAAGUACGAACGGAUGAAGGUCAUGACGGCCGAGUACAAGGAACGGGAAGAGGAACUGGUCAACGAGCGGAAUCGGUGCGAGGAGAGCCUGCGGAUGCAGGAGAAGCGCUACGAAAACAUGAAAAGCCACGCCAUGACGCAGCUGGAAAUUGCCAACAACAAACUGUCCGAACUGGUCCGCAAUCAUGCCCAGGAGGUGACCAAGUUGAAGGCCCUGCUGAAGAAGGAGGAAAUCUACCGGGCCUCGGUGAACGAACAGCUGAGCCAGAAGACGCGGGAGAACGAGGAAUUGGUCAAGAUCUGUGAGGAGCUAAUCAACGGAGGUGCUAAUUGAGAGCGUGAGGGUGGGACGUCGUUAGUGGUAAGAGUGAAAUCGAGAGUGCGGUUAUUCUUGUAAUAAUUCGGUUAAAUUAAUUGAAUACAAACAAUGUAACGCUUGACAUUGGAAUCGUGAAGUAAUCAAUACACAUGUUAAACUUUCAA